UAUUUGACUCCUGGGGAAAACCUGGCCCUUCUAUCCUAGAAGGUCGUUUGAACUUUGUUGGUAAUUACAAACAGUGCCGUAGCACAAGAGCGCCACCCUUAGAUGGAGGUGAUGGCUUCACUGGCAACUACUGUGUACUGACCCUCACACAGGUGACAGAUCAGGUAACAAAUUCUGGUAGUCUAUGUUUUAUACAAUGGCGUAGCUAUGGUAAGUGCCGCUCGGGGUGGGCAGAGAUUUUACCGCCCCUGCCACGAAAAAAAAAAUAAGCAGUUGGCCGAAAAUGCCGCCCCUGACUAUAGUAAGAAAAUUUUGUCAUCUGGGCGGAGUGCCCCUUGCACACUCCCUCUGAUUUUUUGUAAACAUCGCAUUUCAAUCAUCAAAUCUCAAACUACUUUUCCAGUUUCAUUUUCAAGUCUUAUGGUACUGGCCACACAAAGAGCUCCAGACAAAACUUUCUUGAACAUGUCACACAGUACAAACACUUAUAGAUAAUAAAGUAUACUGGGGCAUCAUAUGAUGAACAUAUCCACAGAGCUCUGCAGGGGGCAUGAUGGUUUUGCUGAAUGCUGCGUUAAAAAUACAGUUUGGGGCUUGCAUGCCGGAUACAUGCUCAGAGGCUGACAUUUCACUGCUACUAAGUCAAGGUAAAUUCUCUGUCAUUUGA